AUGGUUGCCGAACCCUCACCAUCAUCCAUGGUUGAGCCUGCUUCGUCUUUUGAGAGCCCUGUCGAGCCCUCCAACGACGCAAUGUCUCCCCACGCGAAUGGUAACAAAUACUCCGAUAGUGAGAGCGAGCUCUCGGACCCUGCCGAGCCUGUCGCUGCUGCAGCCUCGCCGCCUGGCAUCGAACUCGACGAUGACCAUCACCGAAAUCAUGAUCACGAUCACGGUUCCAGCUCUUCCGAACAAGAUGCUGAAGGUGAUGCCGAUUUUGAAAUGGACAUGUCCACCCAGCUCCCCGAAGCCAAGUCCGAGAAUGAGGAGCACGAAUCAUCCUCCGACGAAUCCAUCAGGCCCGUCAAGAGAAAGACUCAUCCUGUUGAUGAAGACGAUUACAUUCGAAAAGACCCCGAGAUGUACGGUUUGAGACGAAGUGGUCGCGCGCGACCUGUUACAAACCUUGCAGAAUCUUCUGCAGAACAAGAUUCCGAUUCAGACAUCGGCCCUCGCCCGCGCAAACGUCUCAGGGCUGGUCCCUCCCAACGUUCCUCCAACCAGCCUACUCCCAUGGUCGAAUCCCCUACCGACUCCGAUGCCGAUUCAGACACCUAUGGUGGUCGGCGUGCAAAGAUCUCUAAAAAGCAGCGUCGGCGCUUACUUCAGUCUGCCGAAAGCUUGACACCUGCACAUGCUGAAAUCCGUUUUUCUACUCGUAGGGCUGCCAAAGUGUCCACAUAUAAUGAGGAUGAAGACGAAGACGAGUUCGCAGAGGAUGACCCUGACGUAUUGACCCCUAACUACUGGGUGAAUGGAAUCGAAGAUAAUUCACCCGCGAUCGACAUCGUUCUCAACCACCGGCUGAAGGCGCAUAUCACCACCCCAUCACAUGUCAAAGACGACUAUGAGUUCCUGAUCAAAUGGCAGCAGAAGGCAUACUAUCAUGCUACAUGGGAGACCAUCGACUCCCUCGCUGGCGUCAAAAGUGUACGCCGCCUAGAGAACUACAUCCGGAAGACCUUGAUGGAAGACAUCCGCAUCCUGAACAAUCCUGCCAUUGCGCCCGAGGACAGAGAAAAGUGGAUUCUUGACCGUGAGCAAUAUGUCGACACUCUUGACGACUACAAAAAGGUUGAACGGGUCAUCGGCGACCGCCCGGGUGAGGAAGGCACCGAGUAUUAUGUCAAGUGGAAAGGUCUGUUCUAUGACCAAGCCACCUGGGAACCUUCGAGUCUUGUGUCUCAGAUCGCCCAAAAUGAAAUCGAUCGCUACAUCAAUCGCCAGAGAGAGGAGUUCAAAUCCAAUGCCACCGAAAGCAGUUUUAAUUCUCGUUCAUCAUUCCAACCUGUCCGUGAGCAGCCAUCCUACAUCCAGAAUGGUACUCUUCGCGACUUCCAAAUGACUGGAUUGAACUUCCUCGCCUACAAUUGGGUCAAAGGAAAGAACGUCGUCCUUGCCGAUGAGAUGGGUCUCGGCAAGACCGUUCAGACAGUCGCUUUUCUAACUUGGCUCAAGCACAACCGUGGCCAAGAAGGUCCCUUCCUUGUUACCGUCCCUCUUUCAACCAUGCCAGCGUGGGCUGAUACUUUCGACUUUUGGGCCCCCGACAUCAAUUAUGUCGUCUACAAUGGCAACCAGACCGCUCGCAAUAUCAUCAAGGAUUACGAGCUAUUACCGGAUGGUAGCCUGCGUCACCCUCGCUUUCACGUCCUCCUUACCACCUAUGAAUACGUGCUUCAUGAUGCUGCAUUCUUGAGCCAGAUCAAGUGGCAAUUCAUGGCUGUCGACGAGGCUCAUCGCCUCAAGAACCGGGAUUCUCAACUCUAUGACAAGCUUCGAGAAUUCAAGGCUCCUGCUCGCCUUUUGAUCACUGGUACUCCUGUUCAGAAUAACUUAGGUGAACUCUCUGCCCUGUUUGACUUCUUGAAGCCCGGUGUCGUCAAUAUCGAUGAGAACAUGGACUUGACCACUGAAGCUGCCAGUGCGAAAAUUGCUCAGCUCACUGAAGACAUCAAACCCUACAUGCUGCGUCGGACCAAACAGAAAGUUGAGAAGGACUUACCACCAAAGACUGAGAAGAUCAUCCGCGUCGAGCUGUCAGAUAUCCAGUUGGAGUAUUACAAGAAUAUUCUGACCAAGAACUACGCGGCUUUAAACCAGGGUGCAAAGGGUCAGAAGCAAUCUCUUCUCAACAUUAUGAUGGAACUCAAGAAAGCAAGCAAUCACCCUUUCAUGUUCCCAAGUGCUGAAGAGCGUCUUGUCCCCGAUGGAGCUCGACGUGAGGAAGUCUUGCGUGCCUUAGUCACAAGCAGUGGCAAGAUGAUGUUGCUUGAUCAACUUUUAACCAAGCUCAAGCGUGAUGGCCAUCGUGUACUCAUUUUCAGUCAGAUGGUCAGAAUGCUAGACAUUCUUGGAGACUACAUGGAUUAUCGUGGUCAUGCCUACCAGAGGUUGGAUGGUACAAUUGCUGCUGCCCCACGUCGCAUUGCCAUCGAUCACUUCAACGCUCCAGAUAGCUCUGAUUUCUGCUUUCUACUCUCGACGCGUGCUGGUGGUCUUGGUAUCAACCUCAUGACAGCUGACACUGUUAUCAUCUUCGACUCUGAUUGGAACCCGCAGGCCGAUCUUCAGGCUAUGGCACGUGCACACAGAAUCGGGCAGGUCAAACCCGUGAGUGUCUAUCGAUUGGUGUCCAAGGAGACUGUCGAGGAAGAGAUUCUGGAACGUGCAAGAAACAAACUGAUGUUGGAGUUUCUCACCAUUCAACGUGGAGUUACUGACAAGGAGACCCAAGCUCGACGAAAUGCAUUCGUUGGGGAGCCAGGCUCAUCGAGCGAGAUCCAAAGAAUCCUGAAAAAGCGUGGUCAAAAGAUGUUUGAGCAAACCGACAACCAGAAGAAGCUUGAAGAACUUGACCUUGAUGCAAUGUUGAACAAUGCCGAGGACUACAAGGUUGAACAGCCCGACAAUACUGACGCAGACGGAGGUGAAGAAUUCCUGAAAAGCUUCGACUUCGUUGACGUCAAAGUCGAUGAACUCUCCUGGGAUGAUAUCAUACCUAAAGAACAACUGGAUGGUAUCAAAGCAGAGGAACAACGCAAAGCCGAAGAGAAAUACUUGGCAGAAGUCAUCGAGCAGAACAAACCACGAGUACGCAAUCAACACACCGAAGAUCGCGAAGCUCGGAAAGCCAGACGACAGGAACAACGCCAGAAGGAGGUCGAUUCUGAGAGCGAGUCCGACGAAGGCCCCAAAUCUGAUCCAUCACGCCCCUUGAGUGAGAGAGAAUAUCGAUACCUGAUCAAGGGCCAUCUUCGUUAUGGCUCAAUUGAAGAUCGUCAAGAAGAGUUUCUGACUGAAGCUCGGCUCAAAGGAAGAGACCUGAACAUUGUCAAGGCUGCCAUGCAAGAGGUCUGGGACAAGUCAGAGGAAUUGUUCAAGGAAGAGCAAGCCCGAAUGGCAGAUCUCGAGCGCAAUUUGAACCGGCCUAUCACGAAGAAAGACAAGAAGGCUGUGUUGUUUGAGCUUCAUGGUGUGAAGCGUAUCAAUGCCGAAACCAUCCUUGAGCGCCCAGGGGAGAUGCGUUUGCUAAGAGAGGUAACCUCAAAGGACCCCGACUUCAAAUCAUUUCGUAUUCCGGAGGCAACCAAAAAUGCUGGAUACAGUUGUCCUUGGGGUGCUAGAGAGGAUGGUAUGCUCUGUGUUGGUAUCACACGCCAUGGUUAUGGUGCGUGGGAGAAGAUUCGAGAUGACCCCGAUCUUGGGCUUAUGGACAAAUUCUUCUUGGAAGAGCACCGAGUGGACAAAAAGGCAGAACGCGAAAAGCAGGAUGCCAAAAAUGCCAAAUCGCCAGGAGCGGUUCACCUUGUUCGACGGGCGGAUUACCUUCUCUCGGUUUUGAAGAGUACGUCUGGUGAUGACCCUGUCGCAAAAAGAGCGGUUGAGAAUCACCAUCGGAACAACAAGAAGUUGGACAAGGCUCGUCACACUGACUCACCAGCGUCAGGAUCCGCGCGUAAAGCACACCGCGAAUCUGAUAAACACAGACGGCCUGUCAGUCAACCACACAGGGAUAGUUCCGAAAGAUACGGGACGCCCAAAUCAGAAGUGCGCCACACUCACAAGGAGCGGGAAAGUGAGGUCAGGGAUCACAGAGAUCGCAAGCAUCGUGAUCAUGAUGGAUCCCAUCACCGACAUGGCAGCGAUAUCCGCCGGAGUGAGGGUGCCACGAACGGCAAUGCCGUUGAAGUUGAUCCAUUGAUGGUGAUGCUUUUCAAACCUGUCAGGGAAAGCUUGAAGAAGAUCAAGGCUACAACCAAAAGUGUCAUUCCGGAUGGACAGCUACGAGCAAAUGAGUUGCGAGCUCUACUCAAACAAAUCGGUAACUUUAUCACUGAUCAAGUUGCGGAUCUUGAUGACAAUCACGAAUCGGUUGAAAAGCGUUUCUGGGACUACGCGGCGACAUACUGGCCCAACAAAGGCAUCAGAGGAUCUGAGCUUCAGAAUAUUCAUGGCAAAAUUGUGGCUUCGGACAAGAAACUCGCGGGCGAAGGCUCACCAAACGACGACUCCAGCAAUGUUGAUGGCCGAGCCAAUGGAUCUUAUCGCACCUCUCCUCCUCAUUAG